AUGACGUUAGUGGCUGUACUCCCCCGGUUCCCCGCUGAUCGCACUCUGACCAUCACUUUGAGCAGACGAGUAGAAGGACGAUACGUGUCUGUGGUUCUACAGGAAACCAACAGGAAUCUGAGUCUGUGCAAAGUGGAGGUCUACGGGUACCACGCCCCAACUGGAGAGAACCUGGCGCUCCGAGGUAAAGCCUCACAGUCCACUCUCUAUGGUAACCACUUUGCCUCCAACGCCAUCGAUGGAAACCGGAACAGAGACUGGAACACUUGCUCUCACACGGGGCACACCAUGAACGCCUGGUGGAGACUGGACCUCGGCAAAACUCACCGGAUUUUCUCCGUGAACGUCACAAACGCACCAGGAGUUCACACUCGGCUGAACGGAGCCGAGAUCUGCAUCGGAGACUCGCUGGACAACGACGGCAACAACAACCCACGUUGUGCAGUCAUCAGCACCAUCGCUCCUGGUUUCACUCAGGGCUACGACUGCAGAGGGAUGGACGGUCGCUACGUUACCACAGUGAUCCCAGGACAGACUGAGUACCUGGUUCUGGCCGAGGUGGAGGUCUAUGGCUCUGUCCUGGACUAG